CUCAACAACUGUCAUACUUGAAGAAGAAAUUUGUGUUUUAUUUUUCAUUUCUAUGAAUUAUUCUUGCUCCUUUUCCCUUCUGUCGAUUAAAAUACAUUUUAUAAUACUUGAAAAUUUAAUUUUAAUUAAAUUUUAUUGACAAUUAUCGAUUUAAUAAGAAUAUAACUUUUGUCAAAAUUGGAUAAUCAACAAACAAACGUUAUUGAAAAGCAUUAAUGGGCAAUAAUAUAACUUAUGAAAUAAUGGAAGAAGAAGACCUUGAAGAUAGCAAUGAAGUUUUAGAAUCCUUUGGCAGCAAUACGACAGAUUACAGGCAGCAUAUUUCAUAUGCAUUAGGGCGGAUGGUUAGCCAUAUCGUAGGAAAUUUGCCACGAUAUACAUCUUCAGAAAUGCCAGUUAUACGAAAGCGACCAGAUUUAAGGACGUUCAGGCACACACCACUUUAUAAAGAAAUAAAACAAUUAUCCGGUCUACCACCGACCAAUCGUCGUCCCAAUGAAAAAUGGUCCCUUCAACGUGGACUUUUAAAACGAGAAAAUGGAUUAGCAUCAAGAACUUCAGGUUAUUUUACACCAAGUCAACAUCGUAUGAUAUCAAAUCUUUUUGUACCAAAUCACAAAGAAACUCGACUUAUGUCGUUUGAUUCAAAAGUGUUCAUAUGCAAAUUUAAUAAAGAUGGUAGUCGCCUUAUAACCGCCAGUCAAGAUGCUAUGAUCAGAGUUUUUGACUCAUCCAAAGGAACUUACCAUCGAAUAAAUCGCAUUAAAGCACAAGAUGUCGGUUGGGGUAUUUUAGAUAUAGAUUUUAGUCCAUGUGGACAAUAUUUUACAUAUUCUACUUGGUCGGAAUAUUUCUUUGUGGUUCCAUUGAAUGGAACAACCGAUGUGUUCCAAUGGCUGCGACUCAACACAGAAGUUAAUCGUUCGGGAAUAUUUUCUGUGAGGUUUUCUCCUGGCGGGGAAACUCUGAUUGGCGGCUGCAACGAUUCUUGUAUAUACAUGUGUAACAGGGAAACUACAGCAGUAAAGUCUAUAAAGACUGAAAGUGAAAAUUACGUCGAUAUAAAUGCCGUUAGCUAUGUGAGUGAUAUGAGUCCCGAUAUCUUCGUAUCGGGCUGCAAUCUUGGAGUUAUAAAACUCUGGGAUGCUAGAUGUUUAGGACCCAGUGAUGCAGUUGCAACACCUGUGUCUUCAUUUUUGGGCCAUUACGAUGGUAUCACUUAUAUUGAUCCAAGAAACGAUGGCAAUUAUCUUCUGUCGAAUUCCAAAGAUCAAAGUAUCAAAAUUUGGGAUUUACGAAAACCAACACCUGUCGAUAAGGUCUGCAAUGAAAAAGAUCUACCAAUGUUAGAUUGGGAUUAUCGAUGGGAUGAAGUGCCUCAUGAAUAUUAUAAUCCAACGAAAAUUAUGGAUGGAGAUGUUAGUGUGAUGACAUUUAGAGGGCAUAGAGUAACAAAGAGUUUGAUUAGAGCCAAAUUUUCGCCUGCUGCGCAAACUGGUCAGCGUUAUAUAUACACUGGUUGUGGAACAGGACGAAUUAUAAUUUAUGAUGUAUUAACUGGACAAAUCAAGGAGGCUAUCGAAGGACAUAAAGAUAUUGUUCGGGAUUUGUCUUGGCAUCCAGUGCGAUCAGAAAUUGUUUCCAGUUCGUGGGAUUCACAUGUUAAUUUUAAUAAUUUUAAAACAAAUUCGAAUAAUCGAAGUCGUUCUGAUAGCGCCCGCUAUAAAGCAGGUCCUUUAAGACGUUCCCGUCGAAUAGCAACACAAAAUGGAGAAUAUCACGAGGAUGACGAAUAUGAUGAAGAAGAUAUAAAUUUUACAUGGUAGUAUGUGGACUGAUGUUUUAAACGAUGUUACACACGCUUUCUUUUUUUUUUUAGUUUUGUUUGAAAAUA